AUGGCAACAUCGCUUGACUAUUGUCUCAAACUCAUUGUCAUUGGCGACUCUGGAGCAGGAAAAUCAUGUGUCAUGAGAAGAUAUCUCGAAAGUAAUUUCUAUGAAGAUCAAACUCACACGAUCGGAGUUGAAUUUGGAGCAAAGAAUAUUAACUGCGGAGGAAAGAAAAUUAAAUUACAAAUUUGGGAUACAGCUGGACAAGAACGAUAUCGAUCAGUAGUGAGGAGUUACUACAGAGAUGCCAUUGGAGCAGUUGUGGUUUAUGAUAUUACAAAUGAAGAAAGUUUUAGAAAUGUGAAACGAUGGAUUGAGGAUGCAAGAGAGUUGAGCGAUGAUAAUGUGACAUGUGUUUUAGUUGGAAAUAAGAAAGAUAAAGAGGAUGAAAGAAAAGUCAAUUUUAUGAGAGGAAGUCAAAUGGCACAAAGUUUAGAAGCAGCAUUUUUUGAAACGUCAGCUGUCACUGGAGAGGGAAUUGAGGAUGUUUUUGCCAAAUUAACGAAAAUGAUAUUAACAAAAAUUGAAAAUAAUGAUUUAAAACCAAAAACAAAGCAAUCCAUUCUGCUUGAUGCUGGAAAAAAGCCUCAAGAAACUGAGACCACCACUGACAACCAAUCAUGGUCAUCCUAUUGCCUGUGUUAA